AUUUUGCAAUAAUUAACUACUGAAUUCGAAAUUCGAAUAAAUUUAGCAUUGCCAAUAAAUAGUAUGAUAUUUAUAUUUUGCGUUCAACGAGUAUACAACUUGAGAAAUAAUCAUAUGUAUAUGUGUGUACACAUAUUCUGUUAUUGCAUGAGAUUUUAUACAUGUAAAAAAUUACGUACUUUCGAUCAAUAAAUAAAUAAGUUUACGAUUAUAUUGUAAUUUUUAACUACAUACAAAUACGUAUAAAUUCAUUUUUCAUUUUGAUAUAUUGUCACUCAGUAUACUAUUUAUCUCUUUAUUUUAUUGUACACAUAUGUAUUUGCAUAAAGAUCCAAUUGUGAUGGACUGUAUCAAGAAAGAGCACCAGACACAGGUGAUAAGUAAAGAACAAUUUUCUCCAAUCAGUAAACUUUCACAGACAAAAUCAAUCCAAGGAAGAAAUUUAACAGGUUCUGCUCGCCAUAUACGAGAUUUAGUUGCAGAUAUUCAUAACAAUAUACAAAUAUGGAAUUCAUUUCAUUUAGAAGGAAUAACAUUAUUGAAUAAUAUAACUCAAGCGAAACAGGAUGAGUCAUAUUCUGAAUUUUUGCAAGAACAAUGUGAUAAAUUAGAAAUUGUUUGCAAAGAAUUGGACAAUAUUGUGAUAAAUUUGGCUCAAAUUGCGCAACAGAUGAAAAUAACAGCUGGUUUAGAAACGGACAAGGAAAAAUUGUUUGCAACAUGGCCAAAUUCAAAAUUUGGACAAGUUGCAGAAUCAAUAUACAGUGCAUAUUCUAAUGAAGCAAAAGUAAAAUGUAAAAUUUUGGAAGAUGUAGCACAUUAUUAUACAGAAUCUUGGAAAAUGUUGUUCCUUGCUAGCUGGGUGCAUCAACCGUUUUUACCAGAAAAUCUAACAACAGUUUUGGAAUCAAUGUUAAUAGAGAGUGGACAUAGAUUUAUUACUCUCUGAAUUAUUCACUGGACUAGGAUUUCUUCUCAUUAAUGUUAAAGCUGAUAGCACCUCUGGGCAAGUAGGAUUUGUUAUGGAGUCAUUUCUUCUAUCACUUAAAAAAUCAGAAACACUAAGGUCUGAGCUUUCGGAAAAACCACUUGACAUUCGUUCUUCUAUAUUUUCUUUACCAUCUUCAGAAUUAUCUGUUUUCUGGAGCUUAAGAGGUGGUUCCCCAUUUUCAUAACUAGUACAAAUAGAAGUAUCAACCUUUUUCAAAGCUUCAUUAUUAAUUCUAUAUAAACCUGGAUUAAGACCUAAAGCAUCACAAAGCGAUUCCUCAUUGAUAUCAAUCAACUCUUUGCUUGAUUCUUCGUCGUUGUUUACAAGUGUUAACAUUGUUCCAGCCUUUUCUCGUAUUUUAUCCAUUAAUUGUUUUAAUUCGUCCAAAAAGUUUCUUACAUUAUUCUCAGACUUUAGUACUAGUAAAUCAAAUAAUGAUUGUGCGUUCAACACAGGUUUUGCAGCUAUUUUUAUUAUUUCGAAAUCUUCACAUACAGAAAUUGCUUCGCGCAAUUUUAUUUGUCGUCUUUCUGACUUAGCUUCUGGCGUAACAUAAGCCCAAGGACCUCGCUUUUUUCCUUUGCGUUUUAAAGGAUCUUGACCUCCACUUUGUUUUAAUUCAGGUUCAGGUGUAGAGGGAGGUAGUUGUUCAGGACUUCCAUGGUCAGGAUGCAUUUCAAAAUGUCUUGCCAUGCGAGUACGUCCUAAAUAUAUUUUAUUACAUGUAGGACACCUAA